AUGGUCUGGACUGGACUCAAGGACUCGAGGAACAGUCCCCAGCCUCAAACCCUGGACUCGAGGAACAGUCCCCAGCCUCAAACCCUGGACCCGAGGACCAGUUCCCAGACUCAAACCCUGGACCUGAGGACCAGUCCCCAGCCUCAAACCCUGGACUCGAGGACCAGUCCCCAGCCUCAAACCCUGGACUCAAGGACCAGUCCCCAGCCUCAAACCCUGGACUCAAGGACCAGUCCCCAGCCUCAAACCCUGGACUCGAGAACCAGUUCCCAGCCUCAAAUCCUGGACCUGAGGACCAGUCCCGAGCCUCAAACCCUGGACUCGAGGACCAGUCCCCAGCCUCAAACCGUUGGAUUGGAGGACCAGUCCCCAGCCUCAGACCUUGGACUCGAGGACCAGUCACCAGCCUCAAACCCUGGACUCGAGGACCAUUAA